AUGACGUCAUUACGCACUGCCUCUUCCGUGCGCUGUGACGUCGGCGCGCGCUGAGUAAUGGUGGCUGCGUGAAGGCCGCAACAUCAUCAGCAACAUCAUUAGCAACAGCAUCAUCAGCAACAAUAUCAUCAGCAACAAUAACAUCAGCAACAAUAACAUCAUCAAGAACGCCAUCACUACCAUCACCACACCAUCAUCACCACCAUCACCACCGCCAUCACCACCAUCAUCACCACCACCAUCAUCACCACCACCAUCACCCCGCCAUCACGAUGAUCGUGACGCUGAAGACGCUCCAGCAGCAGACAUUCCGUGUGGAGAUCGAGGGGACGAGAACGGUGCGGGAGCUGAAGGUGAGGAUUGAGGAGGAGCGAGGCAGUGAGGCCUUCCCAGCCGACUCCCAGAAGCUCAUCUACGCCGGUAAGAUUCUGAGCGAUGAGUCUGCAGUCUGUGACUACAACAUUGACGAGAAGAGCUUCGUGGUUGUCAUGGUAACCAAGCCCAAGCCAGCCCCUCCCCCCAUCCCCCCGGCUCCCACCGAAGCCCCUCCCCCCAUCCCCCCAGCCCCGGCAACCACCCCGGCAACCACCCCCCCAGCCACGCCCACCCCUGGGCCGGCCACGCCCACCACGCCCAUGCAAGGGCAGGCCACGCCCACCGUGGCCACGUCCACCUCCAACCCAGCCACGCCCUCCGCUACCCUAGAAGAAAAAGAGGCAGGGCCCGAAGUGGUGGAGGCCACGCCCACGGGGGAGGGGCCCGGGGUGACGGAGACCACGCCCCCAGGGGAGGAGGCCACGCCCACAGCAGAGGAGGAGCAGGAAGUGGCUGCGAGUGAUAUUGGAAAUCAAAACCUGGCAAAGGAGGCUGCAUCGGCUCUGGUGACUGGCCAGGCCUAUGAACAGAUGGUACAAGAGAUGGUGUCUAUGGGAUAUGAAAGAUCCAAAGUCGUUUCUGCUCUGAGGGCAAGCUACAACAACCCAGACAGAGCGGUGGAAUACCUGCUAACGGGCAUCCCAGGUUCUUCGGGAUCAGCUCCGGAAUCCGUUCAUGCUGGGGCUCCGUCUCUUACCGUGGAUGUCCCCACGGAUCCCACCACCACCUCCUCCACCUCCACUACCACCACCACCACCUCUUCCUCAACCACCUCCUCAACCCCCUCAACCACCACCACCACCACCACCUCCUCAACCUCAACGCCUGCAGCAGCAGCAGCAGCUUCACAGCCUUCACCCCAACGGAGACAGAACACAGCCGCAUCGAAUCCUCUGGAGUUCCUGCGCUCCCAGCCCCAGUUUCAGCAGAUGAGGGUGGUCCUGCAGCAGAAUCCCUCCCUGCUCCCCGCUCUGCUGCAACAGCUGGGACGGGAAAAUCCCCAACUCCUGCAGCAAAUCUCCCAGCACCAGGAGCAGUUCAUCUCCAUGCUGAACUCUCCCAGCGAAGGGGGCGGCGGUGAUGGCGACGAUGGCGACGAUGGCGACGAUGGCGGUGAUGGCGAUGGGCUGGGAGGUGCGGCGGGGAGUGGAGGCGGUGGAGUGAAUUACAUCCAAGUCACGCCCCAGGAGAAAGCGGCGAUCGAGAGGCUGAAGGAUCUGGGCUUCCCAGAGGGACUCGUAGUCCAGGCGUACUUCGCCUGUGAGAAGAAUGAGAACAUGGCCGCCAAUUUCCUGCUCCAGCAGCAGGGAGAUGGUGAUGACUAGCGGGGUGCUUAGAGGGGUGCUUAGAGGGGAUAGAGGGUGGGACUCUUAAGGGUACUUAUGGGGGACUGGGGGGCGGAGGAGAGAGAGGGGGAGAGAAUUACCCCCUCUAAAGACCCCUAUACCCCCCUACAGAAACCCCUAAAUAGACCGCUACAGAGACCCCUAUACCCCCCUACAGAGACCCCUAUACCCCCCUACAGAGACCCCUAUACCCCCCUACAGAGACCCCUAUACUCCCCUACAUAGACCGCUACAGAGACCCCUGUCCUCCCCUACAAGGACCCCUACAGAGACACCUACAGGGACCCCUAUAUUCCCCUACAGAGACCCCUACAGGGACCCCUAAGGACCCCCUAGAGUGAUGCCCAUGGAUGAUUUGAGACUCCUAGACCCCUGUAGAUCUCCACAGGGACCCCUAUGGAUAGCCCCAUCACUGUGGUUACCAUCACUAUGGUUUCCAUCAACGUGGUUGCCAUCUCCAUGGUUACCAUUGACGUGGUUACCUUAAGUGUGGUUAUGAGUGGGGUCCUUGGAUUGUUAAUCACCAUGACAACCACAACAACAACCACGACAAAAAAAUACCAUCACCACAACCACCAAAACCACAACCACACCAACCACUAAAACUACUGCAGCCACCACAACAACCACCACAACCACCAAAACCCCAAGAACCCACAACUACAACCACCCCACCACAACUACCACAACAACAACUACCACCACAGCCACGAAAAACACCAAAAACAAAACCACCACAACCAACAACAACCGACACAACCACCACAACAACCAUUGAUGAUGAUGGGUGUAUGAGUAGUAGUGGUUGUGAUGGUGGCGAUGAUAAGUGGUAGUAGUGGUGAUUGUAGUUAUUGUGGUGGUGGUGAUGAUAAUAGUAGUGGUUGUGGUAAUAGCGGUAGUAGUGGCUGUCACAAUGCAUGUUGAUUCUCGUGCCUGUGAAGUUCAAAACGAUUUUAAUAAAAAUAUUCACCCCGUGUC